ACUGCACACACUCUUCAAAACAAAACAGAAUCAAAGCGACCUCACCAACAUUACAGUCACUUGGAUGUAGGAUUUAGGCGUCAUUUGAGGCGUCAUACGUUUGCAUUACGGUUGUGAAUAAGGGAAUGGCACUCACCUAAUGAAACUUUUCCCCUUCGAGGCAAUGGUUAGGGUGAGUGUAAUGAAAGCGUGUGUGUCUACCUGGGUUUAAGGAUGGCGCUAAUAGGGAAAAUUAACUGCGUUUUGGUAUUGGCAUGUUGCGCUGCGUUAACGUUUGGCGACCCAACCACCUGCGAUGAAGUUCGCAAAGUUUUCCAGCUCAAGCAAAUCGGACCUGUGAAAUUAGUCCCCUCAAGUCCAAGAGCAGCGUCCGGACUCCAGGUGUGUGUGUCCAGGAACCAUACCUGCUGCACUAGGAAGAUGGAGGAGCGCUACCAGCUGUCAGCCCGCCAGGACCUCCUCACCCUCCUCCACACUACCAGCUCCUCUCUGCGCCUCCUCCUCUCCCGCCACCUCAACGCCUUCCAAGAGAGCUUUGAGGUUUUGAUGAAGCAGGCGGAGAACCGAACCAACGCCCUACUGCGUGAGUCCUACGCCAGCAUGGCGGCUGGGAGCGCUGACGCCAUGCGGGAGUUCUUCACCGACGUGGGCCUCUUCCUGCUGGGCUCCGAGCUCAGCCCAGACGCCUCCCUCCAGCGACUCCUAGACGGCCUUUUCCCAUCGGUCUACGGUCACCUGAUCGACCCUGGCCUCGGCGACAUCGACUCCGGCUACGCAGAGUGCGUGAGGUCGACGCGGCGAGAGCUGAGGCCUUUUGGCGCGUCGCCGGGCAUCCUGGCCAAUCAAAUGGCUCGGUCCGGCGCGACAGCUAAGCUCCUCCUCCAGGCGUUGCACCUGGGCAUAGAGGUCAUCAACACUACGGACCACCUGCAGCUCAGCCGCGAGUGCAGGCACGCCUUGCUCAAGAUGCACUACUGUCCCCAUUGCCAGGGUCUGACCCAAUCCCAGCCCUGCAUGGGCUACUGCCUCAAUGUGAUGCGCGGCUGCCUGGCCAGCGUGGCGGAGAUAGACCCUCUCUGGAGGGAUUUUGUGCGCUCACUGGAGGGCCUUUCGGCACGCAUGCAGGGCCCCCAGGACCUAGAGCAGGUGCUCCUGGGGGCCCCUAUGCUGCUGCACGACGCCGUGGCCUACGCUCAGGGCAACGCACCCUAUCUUGCCGCUCAGGUACAUCGUCUGUGUGGUCCUCGAAUCAGAACACCCGGUCAGUCCGCCAGCAGCUGGAAGCCAAUCAGCACUCCGUCCAUCCCUGGGCAAAUUCCGGCAAAAGAGAGAGGGGACACCCUGGCUGGGAGGAGAAAGGACUUCCUGGGCAGUCUGCGUCAGUGGCGUGCGUACUACGGGGGUCUAGCCGACCAGCUCUGUGUCAGGGAGUUGGCGUCCGCAGACUCCCUGUCCUGCUGGAACGGAGCCGACGUCGUCCGGAGCUACACUAUGCGGGUGGUGGGGAACGGGAUCAAAGCCCAGAGCGACAACCCUGAGGUGAAGGUGAAAGGAGCAGACCCUGUCAUCAGUCAGAUCAUCGACAAACUCAAACACGUCAACCAGCUGCUGCAGGGGAAGUCCAUCCCGCGUCUGGGCUCUCUGGACCACAUCGAGACGGGGAGCGGGGACCGGGAAGGAAGGGCCAGCGGGGACUGUGAUGAUGAGGACGGAUGCUCAGGGUCGGGAGGGGGCGAGGGAAGGAGGACAUUCCCACGCAUCGCCAAACUGGCUCCAGACGUGGACAGCACCCUGCGGGGUGUCCCCCAACCAGACAGCAAGGACCAUGGCCCGGAGAGCAGCGGUACCAGCACCCAUGCAGGACGGAGUGCGCCUGUCCUGGCUCUCAUAUUGACUGGUCUACACAUCCUGCUGGUGUUCAAACAGACACCCUGAGUUUGAAACAUGACAAAAGCUCCCGUUUAAUGACUCGACACGCCCGAAUGAAACUAGGACCAAUCACAGUGAAUCCCCAGGAUUGCAGCACAAAGGGGGGCACAACAGGGCAGGGGAGGGGAUAUAACUUAUGUUGCAACAGCAAGUUGUAUGUUGCGACACCGACGCGAUGGGAACAUCUCCAUGAACAAUGUUUUGGAGCGCGCUGGCAUUGAUGCGUUGUACCAGUUGAAGUCAUGGCCCACAGUCGACCAGCAAGCACAGGGCGAUGGAAAAUGUAUAUUUUAUAUAAAACUAUUAAUUUAACUGUAUUUCAAGUUCUAUGAUAAGAUGACUAUAUACAUGUAUCAGAAGUUAAUGCACUUUUUCUUUUCUUUGAUCAUAAAGCUGUUAAACUGUAGAACCAAAGUGCAUUUUUACUAACGUACAAUACAGACUAUAACAUGGUUAACCACAGCCUAUUUUUGUUCGCCUUAAUCGUCCCGUUUACCUGCCCUUCCUGACUGUUGACUUUGCCGUAAUGUCUUCAAAAGAAAAACAUGGAAUUGAUUUGCAACGUAAAAGUACAAAAAUAUCUAUAUUAUUGCAAGUCUGUAUAAAAGAUUAACUGCU